UUUUCCUGUAAAAAACCUACCCUCAAAGAUAUUUAAUUUUGCCCGCUCAAACACUCCCCAAUUUCCCAAAUUCAAAAUCCAGUUCAUCAAAUCAAUUUCUUGUUACCCAAUUUUUCAUUAUUACCUUUCUAUUUUCUGUCAAUUUCCAGAUCUACUUGAAAAACAAAGUCACUGUUAAAGAACUUGAAAAACUUUCUCAUAUUCUCACAACCAAAGAGGAAACUAAGAAAAACCCAAAGCUUUAAAUCCAAUCAAUUCAAACAAUAUUCUCUUUUUCCAAAUGGCAUCCUCUGAUUCAACCCCUCCUCUUCCACUCGGCUCUGCUCCUUUACCUCCCAAAAAGGAGAAUAUCACUCCAGUGGGUUCAAAAAUUGCAGAAUUGAAUGAAUCAAGGACUGAGCUACUGAAUAGAAUUCAAGGGUUGAAACAGGAUCUGAAAAAUUGGAGGUCAAAGCUGGACACCCAAGUUAAAAUUUAUCGAGAUGAGCUUACUGAACUGAAGAAAACACUUAAUGUGGAAGUUGAGCAACUCCGUUCAGAAUUUCAAGAACUGAGGAACACUCUCCAUCAUCAACAAGAAGAUGUUACUGCUAGCUUAAGAAAUUUGGGGCUGCAAGAUGUAUCAGAGGGUGCAAAAGAGGCUGAAGAUCCUAAGGUUAAACUUGAAGGAAAGGAUGAGGAAACACUUACUUCACCCAUAAAGGAAAAUGGAAAUGAAGUAGACAUAUAGAUGGGCUUUUAUGAUGGAAUGUGCGUUCUUGUACAUAUUAUUGUUCAUGCUGCUUGUUAUGAACUACUGUCAUGUAUCUUAGGCUAAAAUUCUAGUCUACCUUGCUGUCUACCAGAGGAAAGAGCUUUCAUCUGAAUCCAUUGAUAUGGUAUUGGCAUUUACUAUGGUCAUGAUGAGACCAAAAUGAUAUCAAUAUUGUCUUCUAGUUUUA